AUGUCGUACGUGAGCACGAAGCCAGAGCCCCCCGCAGAGAACACGAUGACCCUGGAGGAGCUAAAACAGGGCCUUUUAGAGCUUUCUGUGGAAGGAACUGAGAAGAUCCUCAGAAGCGAGCUUAUCAAGCUAAUUACAACGGUCGGCAACAAACUCACGCUAAACGAGGCGAACCAAGUUCUCUCCCUCAUUCCCACGGCAAAUGGCGCAAUUGACAUUUCCGAGCUGAUCAGCAGAGUCCAAAAUAUUGCGGAAUAA